AUGGAGCAACCUCUGGCCCUCCGUCCCUCUCAACCUCGACGACAGGCGAGUUUGGGCGCCCCUGGCAGGGAGAAUACCUCGAUCGGAGUCGAACGACUCAUCACACGCAUCCUGUCCACCCACCGCGGCCCCGUUCGCCGGCUUCGCCUCGGCGACGUCUACCACACCUCCACCUCCGACACCUGGUUCCGGUCGCCGGCGCUGGACAAGCUCGAGGAGCUUCACUUCCGCUACAAGUUCAUGUAUGGCCCUGGACGGAAAGCGCUGCCAUCGUCGGCGCUGAGGUUCUCCGAGCUCCGGGUCGCCAGCUAUGGCCGAUGUGAAUUUCUGGAGGAUCUAGGACGAGGCGCGACGUUUCCGAAGCUGAGGGAGCUCACCCUCUAUCAGCUUAGAAUCUCAGACGGCGCCCUCCAUGCCCUGAUCUCGGCCUGCCCAGCUCUUAGCAGCUUGUUUCUCGGGGAUAACAUUGGCAUCCACCGUGUCCGCAUCAGCUCUCCCAGACUGGUAAGGCUUGGCAUCUCGGUUAACGAAAGGAAUCCGGUGAUGGAAGAACGCAUCAUUGUGAAUGCUCCAAGCAUGGAAAAAUUGCUGCUAUUCGAGACAGAUGGAGGCCUCAAAAACAUUCAUGUGAAGUUUGCACCAAAACUUGAGGUUCUGGGCUGCCUGUCAAGUAAUUAA